AUACCGUAUACAAAUCCUAUCCGGAUCCGAAGUGUAUACCCGGUAUAUUGUAUGCUCAGUAGUUGUUGUUUUUCGAAUGGUGUGCGCAUACGAAAAUCACCAAGGAAGACAAUAACAGGGACCAGAAAUCUCGCUAUUUUUGUGGUAUGUCACAGCUUUUACUGUAAUGCCUAGGAUCAUCAAUAAUUGUGCUAUAUUUUAUAAUCCUCUGAAUGUCUUGGUGCGAAAACUCCCUAAAGGCAACUGGACUGAUAUUUUUUACUUUAAUAAGGAGGAUAACAGAUCAAGUUCAAAAUGAUGAUCAGUGAAGAUAUCAGUGAACCGUCCUCCCCGGACACACCAUUUGAUGAUUCAGAUUUGCUCAGUUCAAGUAUGACAGAUGAUGUCUCUGCACAACUCGCAGCUUCUGGUCCAAUAGGUGUAGCUGCUGCAGCAGCCAUAGCAACAGGGAAAAAACGCAAAAGACCACAUUCUUUUGAGACAAAUCCUUCCAUACGCCGUAGACAGCAAACAAGACUGAUUAGAAAGUUGAAAGCAACUAUUGAUGAGUAUGCAACAAGAGUAGGGCAGCAAGCUGUUGUUCUAACCUGUACUCCUGGAAAACAUGAUGGCAAUUUCAAGGUCUUUGGAGCUGCUCCACUUGAAAAUAUUAUGAGAAAUUUAAGGGGAAUAGUCUUACAGGACCUUGACAAUGCCUUGGCACAGAGAGCUCCCCAGCAAGCUGAUGCAAAUUCAGAUCUCUAUGAACUACCACCUCUGGUCAUUGAUGGUAUUCCAACUCCAGUAAAUAAGAUGACCCAAGCCCAAUUGAGGGCAUUUAUACCUCUCAUGCUCAAGUACUCAACAGGAAGAGGAAAGCCAGGUUGGGGAAAAGAAAGCUGCAGGCCAGUGUGGUGGCCAUCUGACCUACCAUGGGCUAAUGUUAGAAGUGAUGUUAGAUCAGAAGAUGAGAAGAGAAAGGUGUCAUGGACCCAUGCUUUACGUACAAUUGUCAUCAACUGCUACAAGCAUCAUGGGAGAGAUGACCUCUUGCCAGAAUUUGUUGAAGAUAAGUGCAAGGAAAUAGAGGCAUCUCAAAACCAGGCUGCUUCACUACCGACAGCAACCUUAUUACCAUCCCAUGCUGUGGUACACACAAUCAAUAACCCUGAUGGGACUGUUUCUCUCAUCCAGGUUGAUACUGGAGCCACUGUAGCAACAUUGGCAGAUGUUACGCAAGUUCAACAGUUAACUAACCUUCAGACUCUCCAGCAAGUGAGACUUCAACCUUUGCAAAUCCAGCAUGCAUUGGGAAAUCAACAAGCAGAGGCUACUCAAGCUGUACAGACCCUGGCUGAGGUAGCUGCUGCACAAGGAUCAGAUGGUGAGAUGACCGAAGGGCAAACAGUCACUGCAUUGGCUGAGGGUACUCAACUUGUACUAUCAAGUGAUGGAUCACUCCAAGCAGUUAAUGAUGGUUCAGCACAGGGUAUUGUUAUUCCAGCUUCAGUGUACCAGACAGUGGUAGCAGGUGAUGGACAGCCCAUACAAAUUGCUAAUGUGAACAUUGCUCCACAGAAUGCAGGAGCAACCAAUAUGCCAACUAUUAAGAAUGUUACUUCUGUCAUGCAAACACAACCUAUCACUUCUCAAUCUCAAGUUGCUACUCUUGUAGUAAAUUCAGCACCAACUGAUCAAAAUACAUAAUGCUUCACCGAUCUGCUCAAGAAUGAUUGAUUUGAAGUUUCAUUCCGGGACAGUCAAGAUAUCAGGAAAAGUAUGUUUUGGCAUUGAUUAUUUAAUAGCUUAUAUCUGCUCAGUCAUAUUAAAGGGUUUGGUAGCUUUUUUGGAAAUCUGACUAACUACCUUGUUGACUUUUUUUAAAAAAUAUAUUUUAACAAAUCACAAACAAUCACGAGCAAUCUAAACAUUUUCCUUGUUGACUAUUAAUGUCUGUGGAUUAUUUUUAGAUGAAUAAGUUAAUGAACAUGAGCAAGGUUUUGAAAUGAAUGUGUUAUCAAAGCAUCUAUGUUUGACUAAAUACUGUAAAAUAGGAAAGUAUACUAACUAAGGCAUUAUUUCAUAACACUGUAUUCUUGGAGAGGAAGAUAUCUUGAAAUUCUAGUCAUCUACAUAUUUUAACCUUUAUUGAAGCUGGAAAUGAUUCUUAUAAGGUUGGUAUUUCAUUACCAUAUUUAUCAGCACAAGAUAAUACUGACUGCAUGUACAUGUAGGGUCAUGCAACAUACAUGUA